AUGACAAAGUGUUACCACCUCUUGAUCCAACUCCUCAUACCUACGAUAUUGUGGAAAACUGUUUUAUCGCUGGAUUGGAAUAAAGUGAAACCCAUGUAUUUGGUGGCAAUGAAUCCGAAACCCAGCAACUCAUCAAUGCACGAUGCCAAUGAUGAUGAACCCUUGGUCUUAAAUUUAGAAACUGAACCGAUGCCCGACAAUGACAUUACCAAAGAAGCAAUGAAUCGCAUAUUUGGCGGCAACGAAGCUGACAAAUCAAGUUUCCCCUAUCAAAUCGGGUUCCUGCUGCAAAGGCCAAAGGGUCUGUACUGGUGUGGUGGAUCAUUGAUAUCGCAUGAAUAUGUCCUCACUGCUGCCCAUUGUGUUGAUAUGGCCUCCCGUGCCUUGGUCUUUUUGGGUGCCCAUGACAUUAAAAAUCCCGAUGAACCUGGCCAGCUGCGCAUGAUGGUCUAUCAUCGUGAUUUCUAUAUAUUCCCCACGUGGAAUCCGCGCAAGCUAAAGGAUGACAUUGCUAUUGUAAGGCUGCCGAAAUCGGUUAGCUAUAAUGAAAGAAUUCAACCAAUACAGCUGCCCAAACGUGAUUACGAAUAUCGAACUUUUGAAGAUAAACUGGGUGUAGCAUCGGGUUGGGGACGCUAUGCCGCAGGCGUGCAUGCCAUAAGCAACGUUUUGCGUUAUGUUCAACUGAGAAUUGUCAACGGGCGGACAUGUAAAAACAACUUCCCGCUGUCAUAUCGAUCGACAAAUAUUUGUACCAGUGGUCGUUAUCAAAAAUCCACUUGUAAUGGUGAUUCCGGAGGUCCAUUGGUGUUACAGCGACGAACAUCCAGGAAGCGUGUCCUUGUCGGCAUUACUUCGUUUGGUAGUAUUUUCGGUUGUGAUCGUGGUUAUCCGGCGGCAUUUACCAAAGUUGCUUCCUAUUUGGAUUGGAUUGUUGAUAUUACGGGCAUCGAUCCGAGUUUAGAUGUGGCGGAUGCAAUUCGUUUGCAAAAAACACCGUCGAAGCAGCACUACUAUCACAGCAAACACAAUAAAUAUCGAAAACCAAAGAAGCCACCACCACCGCCAAAUGACAGUAUUGACAUCGAUGACGAAUCGGAGGAGAUCGGUGUGAUUAACACAUCGAAUCCUAAAUAUCCCGAUGCUGAGCUAUUUGCAUUACAUUUAAGUCAAACGAAACCGGCGAGUUGGACCCUUUUGCCCGAUUAG